GGGUUCCUCUCCUUUUCCAGCAGCUACCUAUGUGACCUGUGACCACACAACCUCAUCUAUUGUGUAUUUUCUCAGUGCUUUCCAAACAGAUCAUGCCAAGCAAUAUGGUCACAAAAACAUCCGUCCACUCAUGAUAAUAUGUGAUGGAUCCAUGGUCCUCAUGCAUGCCAUUUCACUCGUCUUCUGCCAAACCAACCUCAAUGCCUUGCUCCAACGUUAUUAUAGAAUUUUGACAGGGAAAGGCACUGCUGAAGACUUUGAUGUUCCUGUCCUCCACCGCUGUCUAAGUCAUGUAAUGAAAAAUGCUAAAUCCCUGUGCAAAAAGCAUGCACCAAAGAACUACAAGCUGGCCAUGCAUAUUUUUGGACUUCUAACCACAGCAAGUUCCAUUGCUGAGUUUGAUGAAAUGCUCCUGAGCUGUACAGUCAUCUUCUUAAGCCCAUGCAGCUCUGAAAAUGUUGAAAAACACUUCAACAACAUUCAGGCUUUGUUGACCACUAUUGGAGAUUCAGUUGUUGAUGACAACAGCAUAGUUCCUGAGGACCUCGUGGACACCUUCAGUCAAACGCCUUUCCACAGACAUUUCAUGGAGGUCAUCGGCACUGCACCCCUCAACAAAAAAGGGGAUCCUAAUGUGUACUACACUGAGACAUUCAUCUCCUCAUUGGCUGCAUACUUCUUGCCUCAUGCAGCUUUAUGGACAAGCAUGAUGCUGGGGGACCUGGGCAGGCAUGGUGAAGGACCCCCAUACCAGCUAUUUUCAAAGAUAUUUUCAAAAAUUUCUAAGAAAAAAACCCAGAAUUUCACACAAGACAACAAGACUCAAGGAAUUAUGGAAAAAAGUCAGUGGGACUUGAAGAAAAUUCGCUUUAGAGGAAGACGACUUAACAGACUUGAUGACUUCAUCAUGAUCUACAAAGACACCCACACUGCACUUCUAAGGGAAUUUAAUGAUGCGGAACGUAUCACUAAAAGAAAGGAGCACCGUAUCCUGAAGGAGAAGUGGAGGCAGCGAAAGCAAAGUAGGAGAGGAGUCUAUGUUACCUCCAUCAACAAGCCUUUCCAUUUUAAAAAAGCAGUGCAGGUGUCUACAGCUCGGGGGACAACCAGCACACCUUCCAUUGACAGACAAACACCAUCAGUGUCAGCACAGGAACCAAAGACAGAGAGCCAAGACAAAGAUGCUUUGGGGCAGGUGUCUACAGCUCCGGGGACAACCGGCACGCCUUCUCCUGACAGACAAACACCAUCAGUGUCAGCACAGGAACCAAAAACAGAGAGCCAAGACAAAAAGGCUUUGAAGAAAGGGAGGAAACCGCUAAAAGCAAAAAGACAAAAGUCCUAUGGACCACUUUGGAGACAUCACUCACCGGAAGAAGUAAUCCAAGCCAGAAAAUUGGUGAAAGAAGUAGUGAUCAAAGAAAGACAAAUGUUAAGCAUCCUGCACCCACAAACUUGGCUCAGCAGCGAUGAAGUGGAUGCAGCUUGUUUUCACAUUUCUCAGCAGUUCCCUCAUAUAGAUGGGUUUCAGUCCAACCUCCUCUAUCAGUGUCUUCACCAAGGGGGUGUGGUUGGGACACCACAGAAACCAUUUGUUCAAGUAUUAAACAUAAAUGACAACCACUGGAUCACAGCAAGCAACCUUUUCUGUGGACCAAAUGAGGUGUGCGUGUAUGACAGCCUGAACACAAACAUCACCAAGCAGACAGAUCAAAAAUUAUCUUGUGGGUAG